CUGCCAGACAUGCAAGUUUGCAUAGUUUAGUUUAGCUUUGCUGUUGGAACAUGCCUGAGCAGGAAUCAGACCACGUGGACCUCAAAGAACUGGAGGCCUUCCUCGCAGGGGGUUCAGCUGGUUCGAGUGCGCUGGGACUUCCACCCGGAUUCGAGGAGGGACCCAACACUGGUGUCUAUUCCUCGAAGACAGCAGAUGAAAGGACGGCUGCAGAUCCUUGGAGCAAAGGUCAUGACCCUUGGUCCAGCUGCAAAGGGAAUGGAAACUCCAACGGCUCCAAUGGAUACCAGCAGAAGAAAGAUGCCUCCGCAGAUGAGACGGGCUGGUGGUCCAAAGACAACGCUUGGUGGUCCGAAGACAAGGGCUCAAGCCAUGGCUGGUGGUCCAGUGGCCAGACCAGUGAGAAUGGGAAGAGGAAAGAUGAUCUCCGACUAGUUGGGGAAGACUCUGCCAAGGUCGAGAUUGAGCAGGAGGAUCCUACGGCCGAAUACUUGGCUGUUUCCUCCUGGGAUGAGCUCAACUUGCCGAAGGAAAUCUUGGACGGCAUAUUUGAAAUGGGCUUUGUAAAGCCUUCCAAAAUCCAGGAAUGGACGCUGCCUAUUGCGCUCAAAGGCGGCAACAUCAUCGGACAGGCACGGAAUGGCUCAGGAAAAACUGCAGCAUUUGCAUUGGCCAUGCUCAUCUCCUGUGAUGCACGGCAACGGUGCCCGCAAGGCAUGUGUUUGUGCCCAACGCGAGAACUUGCAGCUCAAAAUCAUGAUGUGGUGUCCAAGCUGGGGAAGUUCACAGGAAUGGAUUUUCUACUGGCAGUGCCACGUGAAGAGAAAUUUCCCCGAAAGGUGGAGUCCCAGAUUGUCAUUGGUACCCCAGGAAAGGUGCAGGACCUUACCAAGAGGCGGACAAUCGACCCAAGCAACUUCAGCAUCUUUGUGGUGGAUGAGGCAGAUGUAAUGAUCGAUGAGGGGCAGCAGAUGGGACCGCAGGUCGUUCAAGUUCGAAGAAUGCUUCCAGAACGUGUCCAGGUGCUUCUAUUUUCAGCCACAUGGCCAGACCAUGUCGAAAAAUUUGCAAAGAUGCUUGUCCCAAAAGCCAACACCAUCAAGGUUCAAAAAGAGGAUCUUACAUUGUCAACCAUCACCCAGACGUACAUCGACGUCGGAAAACCCGACAAAAAACAUGGACAACUCUCAGAUCUUUAUGGUGCGUUGAACAUUGGGCAGAGCAUCAUUUUCGUCAACUCCAGGCAGGCAGCCUUUGAUCUUGCCAAGAUGAUGAAGACUGAGGGUCAUGCAGUCUCCCUUAUUUGUGGCACACAGAAGACAGGUCCAGAAAGGGUGGACGUAGCCUACCGCGACCAAGUGAUGGAGGAGUUCCGCAGCGGCGUGACCAAGGUGCUGAUUUCCACGGAUGUGCUGUCACGUGGUAUUGACGUACCUGCUGUGACUCUAGUCGUGAACUACGAGCUGCCAAUGAGCUACAGCAGUUAUGGACAGCCUGACUAUGAGACGUACAUGCAUCGCAUCGGGCGGACUGGCAGGUUCGGGCUCAAGGGAGUUGCCGUGAACCUCGUCUCCGACCGUGAUCGCCAUCAUCUCGACAGCAUUCAGAGCUUCUACAAGUGCACUAUGAUGAAGCUCAGUGGAGACUGCGAGGAGAUGGAAGCUUUGCUCAAGGGUUUGAGGUGAGCUGGACAGUUUUGUUUGAUCUGGCAUGGACACUCCAUCGUGUACUUGUAACUGCCAAGGUUUUCACUGUUGCGGUGGGGUGUUUGUGCUAGAUCUACUGUAGCAGCUGCGGCAAAUUAAUCUCCAGUUUGGCCCAUAAGUGGGCUUUGAUGGUGACUAGUGCCUCAAUGUGUACAGCACGGGCCCUUUGGCGAGUUCACAAAGGAUUCAUC